AUGGUGACGCUGUUGUCCCUGUCCGUCUUCUUGGAUCCGAGACCCGGAAAAGGGAGAACGCAGGCGGAGGGAAGACUCAUAGCGAGGAGCAUCGGCGUGCGAAUCCAGAUCACCGACCUGCUUUGCCAAGCCGCCAUGAUGGCCUAUCCCUGGAAGUUUCUGUUCAACCUCAAAUCCAAAGAGUACGACCUGACUGAGCAAAGGGAUCUCAACAACAACGUUGGGAAAACCGCCCCUCCAACCAUCAGGGUCCCGUGGUGGUCAGGUGGCCGCCUGCAGGGCUGCGUCCCCGGCCCCGCCCCGGGGCGCGGGCGGGAAGAGAUAAAGGGGCCGGCGGCGGCCGAGAGAGCCAGCGAGCAGGGGCGCCCCGUUUGCUGCGCCGGCCGGGCCAUGCGCGAGGGGCUGGGCGCCGCGUGCGAGGCCGUGCGGCCCCGGCUCUGCCGGCUCCUGCGCAGGAUCCUCCGGCCGCAGCCCGCCUGCAGCCGAGCCAGGUACUCCCGCGCGCCGGGCGCCGGGCUCUGCCCUGGGAGGGUGCAGGGGCUCCCCGCGGGCACUCGGGCUCAAAGCUCCGCAGCAGCGGGCGGGCGGGCUGGCCCCGAACUCUCCUCGGAGCUGCGGUUUUCCGUGUCAAUCCCCGUGACACAGGAUGACAGCAAGCUUCACCACCUCGGCAAGCCCGGCAAUGCGUCCGCCCCGACCCCCAAGGGGACGGGACAGCCCCCAGAAUCCAGCGUCAAGGUGGAUGUGUCCCUGGGAGCCUGCCCACGGCACAUGAGGAUCAAAAACUGGGGCAACGGGAUGACCUGGCAGGACACACUUCACCACAAGGCCACCAAGAAUUUCGCUUGCAGGUCCAAGGCUUGCCUAGGGACGCUCAUGAAGCCCCAAAGUCUUACCAGAGGACCAAGGGACAAGCCUACCCCACCGGACGAGCUUCUACCUCAAGCAAUUGAGUUUGUCAACCAGUAUUACGGCUCCUUCAAAGAGGCAAAAAUAGAGGAACAUCUGGCCAGGGUGGAAGCCGUAACAAAGGAGAUCGAAACAACAGGAACCUACCAGCUGACGGGGGAUGAGCUCAUCUUCGCUUCCAAGCAGGCCUGGCGCAAUGCCCCCCGCUGCAUUGGGAGGAUCCAGUGGUCCAACCUGCAGGUCUUUGAUGCCCGGAGCUGUACCACCGCCAAGGAAAUGUUUGAGCACAUUUGCAGGCAUCUCCGUUACGCCACCAACCAGGGCAGCAUCAGGUCGGCCAUCACGGUGUUCCCCCAGCGGAGCGACGGGAAGCACGACUUCCGGGUGUGGAAUGCUCAGUUGAUCCGCUACGCUGGCUACCAGAUGCCCGAUGGCACCAUCCUGGGUGACCCUGCCUGCGUGGAGUUCACUCAGCUGUGCAUCGACCUGGGCUGGAAGCCCAAGUACGGCCGCUUCGAUGUGGUACCACUGGUGCUGCAGGCGGACGGCCAGGACCCCGAGCUCUUCGAGAUCCCCCCCGACCUGGUGCUCGAGGUGCCCAUGGAGCACCCCAAUUACGAGUGGUUUCAGGAGCUGGGGCUGAAGUGGUACGCCCUGCCGGCCGUGUCCAACAUGCUGCUGGAGGCGGGUGGUCUUGAGUUCCCAGGGUGCCCCUUCAAUGGCUGGUACAUGGGCACAGAGAUCGGGGUGCGGGACUUCUGUGAUGUCCAGCGCUACAACAUCCUGGAGGAGGUCGGCAGGAGGAUGGGGCUGGAAACGCACAAGCUGGCCUCCCUGUGGAAGGACCGGGCGGUCAUCGAGAUCAACGUGGCGGUGCUGCACAGCUUCCAGAAGCAGAAUGUGACCAUCAUGGACCACCACUCGGCGGCAGAGUCCUUCAUGAAGUACAUGCAGAGCGAGUACCGCUCCCGAGGGGGCUGCCCAGCCGACUGGGUUUGGCUGGUCCCCCCAAUUUCAGGGAGCAUCACGCCUAUGUUCCACCAGGAGAUGUUAAACUAUAUCCUGUCCCCUUUCUACUAUUAUCAGGUGGAGGCCUGUGAGACCCACAUCUGGCAGGACGCGACGCGGAGGCCCAGGAGAAGGGAGAUUCGACUCAGAGUCCUGGCUAAGGCUGUGUUCUUCGCCUCCGUGCUGCUGCGCAAGGCCAUGCGGUCACGACUCCCAGUCACUAUCCUCUUUGCCACAGAGACGGGGAAGUCGGAAACGCUGGCUAAGGACCUGAGGGCCUUGUUCAGCUGCGCCUUCAGCCCCAAGAUCUUCUGCAUGGACGAGUACAACCUGAGCCACCUGGAGGAGGAGCGGCUGCUGCUGGUGGUGACCAGCACAUUUGGGAAUGGAAACUCUCCCAGCAAUGGCGAGAAACUGAAGCGAUCCCUCUUCAGAUUGAAAGAGCUUGCUAACAAAUUCAGGUACGCUGUUUUUGGCCUUGGCUCCAGCAUGUACCCUCAGUUCUGCGCCUUCGCUCAUGACAUUGCCCAGAAGCUGUCGCAGCUGGGGGCCACCCAGCUGACCCCGAUGGGGGAAGGAGACGAGCUCAGCGGGCAGGAGGAAGCUUUCCGCAGCUGGGCUGUGCAGACAUUCAAGGCAGCAUGUGAGGCAUUUGACAUCCGAGGCAAACACCAUAUUCAGAUCCCCAAGCUGUACCUCUCCAGUGAGACCUGGGACCCGCACCAGUAUAGGCUCGUGCAGAACUCAGAGCCUUUGGACCUCAACAAAGCCCUGAGCAGCAUACAUGCCAAGCCCGUGCUCACCCUGAAGCUCAAAGCGCUGCAGAACCUCCAGAGCCCGGCGUCCAGCCGUACCACCCUGCUGGUGGAGCUCUGCAGUGAGGACAGCCAGGGCCCCAGCUACCUGCCCGGCCAGCACCUCGGCGUGUGCCCGAGCAACCAGCCGGCCCUGGUGCGAGGCAUCUUGGAGCGCCUGGUGGACGGGCCUGGCCCCCAGCAGCCUGUGAGCCUGGAGACCCUCAGUGAGAAUGGCAGCUACUGGGUCAGGGACAAAAGGCUGCCGCCCUGCUCACUCAGCCAGGCCCUCACCUACUUCCUGGACAUCACCACACCCCCAUCUCCCCUGAUGCUCCGGAAGCUGGCCCAGCUGGCCUCAGAGGAGAAUGAACGACAUGAGCUGGAGGCCCUGUGCCAGCCCGCAGAUUACAACAAGUGGAAGUUCACUCACAGACCCACGCUGCUGGAAAUUCUUGAGGAGUUCCCGUCUGUGCAGCUGUCCGCCAGCUUCCUGCUCUCCCAGCUCCCCGUGCUGAAACCCCGGUUCUACUCCAUCAGCUCCUCCCAGGACCAUACCCCCACGGAGGUCCACCUCACCGUGGCCGUGGUCACAUAUCGUACCCAGGACGGUCAGGGUCCCCUGCACCACGGCGUGUGCAGCACUUGGCUCAGCAGCCUGAACCCUCACGACCCAGUGCCCUGUUUUGUGCGCAGUGCCACCAACUUCCAGCUCCCGGAAGACCCCACCCAGCCCUGCAUCCUCAUCGGGCCCGGGACGGGCAUCGCCCCGUUCCGCAGUUUCUGGCAGCAGCGCCUCCACGAUGUGGAGCACAAAGGACUCCCGGGAGGUCGCAUGACCCUGGUGUUCGGGUGCCACCACCCAAGCAAGGACCACCUGUAUCAGGAGGAGAUGCUGGAAAUGGCCCGGAAGGGGGUGCUGCAUGCGGUGCACACAGCCUAUUCUCGCCUGCCAGACCGGCCCAAGGUCUAUGUUCAAGACAUCCUGCGGCGGCAGCUGGCCCACGAGGUGCUCCGUGUGCUCCACCAAGAGAGCGGCCACCUCUACGUCUGUGGGGAUGUGCGCAUGGCCAGGGACGUGGCCCACACCCUGAAACAGCUGCUGGCUGCCCAGCUGAGCCUGAGCGAGGAGCAGGUGGAGGACUACUUCUUCCAGCUCAAGAGCCAGAAGCGCUACCAUGAAGAUAUCUUUGGUGCCCUAUUUCCCUACGAGGUGAAAAAGGAGGAGGAGGCGGCGGCGGGCUGGCCCAGCAGCUCCAGAACUCUGAUGACCUAGGGGACAAGUUAAAAGGCGCUGGCGUGGCCAUCUAGUAACGAAAUCAGCUUCCAGUUAUCCGCGGUCCUGGAGCCUGGGGAGAUGGCGCAAAAUGAUCCCGCCAAGCUUCAGGCCUCAUCUUCCCACUGCUGUCUUCUCAAGCCCUGAACCACCAGCAGCUGGGCUGGCUGGAGCCGCCUCAUGCCCUCGACCUGCCCCCAUCCCUGGCAAGGAGAACUGGGGCAGAUGGGGUCCCUUUGAGACUGCCUCCACCAAGGGGGUGGAAGAGGCGGGUGACUUUCCUCUGGUGCACCACUUCCAACGACCACCAAAAGGCGCUCUCUACCCACUCUGUAUUUAGCAUCCCUGUGUACAGUUAUUUAUUCUGUAUUUAAAAACCAAACACCCCAGUGAGCCACUUGGGCCUAUACCAUAUGAUUCCUGGAUGGAAAUAUUUAUGUGAAAUACAUUUUAUUUUAACCA